AUGAAAGAACCAUCUUUACUGGGAUACGGAGUUUCUAGUUAUAGGUCAUGCAGCCCAAAAACUCAUCUCAUGUUCCUGAAGACACAUAAAACAGGUAGCACUACUGUUCAAAAUAUCCUGUUCCGGUAUGCAGACGGAAACAACCUCAGUGUAGCUCUAUCACGGACUGGAAGUAUACACCUGGGCUAUCCACAGCUCUUCUCAGAAGAUUUUGUGAAGCGCUCAGAGACUGGGCAGAAGUUUGAUAUUAUGGCUAACCACCUGAAGUUUAACCUUCCAGAGAUAUCAAAGGUGAUGCAUUAUGAUACGUUCUACUUUUCAAUAAUCCGUAACCCUAUCUUUCUGGCAGAAUCAUCUUCUGUGUAUUUUAACACACUCAAUGGGGCAAAAGACUUAAAUGAAUAUAUGAAGUCCCCAAUGAGCUAUUAUGAUCCAAGUAACGUGUUUAGCUUUUUAGCUAAGAACUCCAUGUGGUAUGACUUUGGAUUUGACCACAAUCAUAAAAAUGAGGCUGAAUAUUUUGAGUUAGCUAUUGGACAAAUUGAGAGUGCCUUUCACCUUAUUCUUCUCAGUGAGUAUUUUGAUGAGUCAAUGAUUCUUUUGAAAGAAGUUCUGUGCUGGAAUAUGGAUGAUGUAAUUUACUUCAAGCUGAAUGGAAGGAGUCGUGCCACUAUCCAAAAUCUAAAUUGGGAGACUAUUGAAAAGCUGAAGGUAUGGAAUUCAUUGGACUGGAAGAUGUAUUUACAUUUUAACAAAACAUUCUGGAGAACAAUUAGCAAAGUAGUUGGACUAAAAAGGUUGGAAAAGGAAGUGCAGUUAUUGAAACAGAAACAAAAAGAUCUGUUGAAUAUUUGUGUCCAAGGUGGAACUGCAUUGAGACCUCAUGAAAUUAUGAACUCAGUUUUCAAACCUUUACAAGUUGGCAAUUCAGAAAUCCUUGGUUACAAUCUCAGAACAGGCCUAAAAAAUAAUGUCCAUAAACAAUGUGAAAGUAUGAUCCUUCCAGAACCUGAAUUUACACAGCAAAUUUAUGAAAAGCAGUAUCACAAAAAAGUAAAGCUACAUGUUUAA